CGACGAGCCAACGCAACGAGAAAGAGAGAAGAGAGACUGUCUACAUUAAUAUUACUUGUUGUUUAAGUAUUAGUUUGUUAGUUAUUGUUGUAGUAAUGAAUGCUCUUGUGUGUUGCUGGUUAUAGUGUUAGUGAUAGUAAUAGUAAUAGUAGUAGAAGUGGUUCUGUAUCAGACGUAGUAGUAGUCGAGGACGACGACAAGUGGACGGGGAAAAAUAAAGAGACAGUAUGAUAAGCUUUAACAUAACUUUAGUUUGCUCGGUUUUCAUUUGUAGUUUGCCAUCAUCAUUCACUAAAUGAUCUGUUCGGCCUACUUAUUAACUCGCGAAUUACUCUCAUGAUAACGUGAUUGAUGGUGAUACAUUGACGGAAGCAGUGGCGCUUCGUAAAAAUAUUCGUAAAAAUCAGUACAGUAGGUCGAGUUAAAAAUUGAAUUAAAAAAAAUUUUUAAAAUGAUGAAUUACAAUUUAGUGACUGUUGUGGUGGGACAGUGUCAUCACGUGGAUUUGCCGAUGUUGUUGCGGUAGGAAACAGCCGGAAGCGAUAAAAGUGGGGGCUCUGAAGGGAAGAGAGCAAAAGCCAGCAUACUAGUCGAGAGCAAAAAGGGGUGUAGGGAAUAAGUAAGUCGGGUAUUGUAAGAAGAAGAAGAAGGAGGAGGAGGAGGAGGAGAUUUAAAGAAGAAUAAGCACCUCUUGUCUCUUUCUCGGUAGCUCUUGUUGCUCCCACGCCCAAGACAGGAGGAAGAUCCGGAAGUCGUUGGUGCUAGUGCCGUGCGUACCGCCGGAAGAGUGGGAAGAGGAGAGCUCGUUCAGUCGGAGUCCGAGUAGAGGAGAAGGAGGAGAGCUUUGAGCGCCGCUACACCUAGCCGAGAGUGAUAGCGCGCUUCUCUCUCUCCCGCAGUUGUCGUGUUGCCAGUCGGUCUCUCACCGUCCGUCGUCGUCGUCGUCGUCGUCGGCUCACUACCGUCAACAUUGCCUUCUUAAGGACACUAGCUGGCUUAUUUAUUUAUUUAUCAAUAAUAAAUAAAUAAAUAAAUAUAAUUUAAAAAUUUUUGUUUUAAUUAAAAAAGUGCAACUGGGACUAGAAUAAAAUUAAUUUCGGUUUUAAAUAAUGGAAGUUUGAGUUUUUAAAGUUUGAGCUGGCUGCAGUAACGUUUCGUAAAAGGAUUACAAAAUCGUCGAGGGACACUUGGAGAGAGAACGGGGAAAGGAAAAAAGAGUGAAGCCUACGAGGGAAAGUCUACGUUGCGGCACACUCUAUACUUUGUCGCUGUCUCUGUCUGUGUGUUUAUUUGUGCGUUCUGUGUGAGUGGAUUUUUUUAUUUAAAUGUUUGUUUAAUUAAAUGUAUGCAUGAACACAUGAGAGAGCCUCAAAUCUUUACCAUUGGAUUUUUUUUCGUAAUAACAUAAUAACAGAGAGGGCCAACUUAUUUUGGAGUUUUUAGUUAGUUUAUUAAUCAACAAACUUUUAACGAACAAGUUGAGCAAGUUUAGGGCUGCUUGAAUGGAUUAAGUGGGGGCUUUAAAGUUUAGGAGAGCUGAUUGGUUUCAAUAAAAAAGUAGAAGUGGAAUCAAGUGCCGGUAGAAAAGAAGAAAGAAAAUCCAAAUAAGUUGCUGUUAUUGUUGUUGUUGUUGUUGUGGUUGGAGUAGUCCAAGGGAAGAAAAGUUUAAAUACGACUCCAAUUAAAGUUGUAGCUGUUGAUGAGUAAAUUUAUUUAAAAAUAGUGUACGCGUGCGCGAUUGCAAUAAGCGCGUUGUUAAGGAAUUAAAAGUCCGCUUAAAAAGGUUAGCGGGAUAAAAAAAAGUCGCGCGAAAGGAUAAGAGAAAGGAAUAAGAGCCUUCGAAGUCCUUGAGAGUACCCAACGGGUAAAAGUGCUGCUGCUCGCUGCUAUUGCUCUUGUUGUUGCUGUUAGCUAUUGCUGCCGAUGCUGAUGGAGCCAGCCGGCUGACCCUGGACAACUCACACAUCACUGAGGGUCUUUUAUUAUUAUUAUUAUUAUUAUUAUUAUUGCUGUAAUUACUACUGCUGUUAUUGGUACCAGCGAGAACGGUGAGAAGUUUAAGCUCCAAAGGAGGAAAAAAACAACGUUCACAUUAAUUUAUUAAUACACAAUUUAUUUAUGUCUGAUGGUUAAAACCAGACAGUGACGUACUGGAUCACGGAUUGGAUGCCGACACGCCAAAAAAUCAGAGACAACUUCUGUGAGAUUUUAAGUGAAAUACUCGAUAAAUAUGGAUACACGUUGUUCUGUUGAUUUUAUUGAUUACAAAGUAUAUUAAUUUUAUUACUAUAUGCCAGUGAAUAAAGUGCAAGGUGAUGUUUUAUAAUAAUAAUAAUGAUAAUAAUUGCUCCGUUAUUAUUUUAUUAUUUAAAUGUAAGUUUAAUAAAAUAUUAAGUGUUGAGUGAUCUCGAAAAAAAGUGAUAACGUUUUAAUAGUACGAAUUUAAUAAAGGAGUUAUUAAUAUUUAAUAUAAAUAAUUUAUAAAAAUUACUAUACAUACACACUUCAAUGUACGUCACGUGCUGCUGCUGGCAAUGCACGAUCUCGGAUCACAAAGUCCCGUGGUCAGUUUAUUUGGAUUUUAACAAUUAUCAUCGAUUUGGUUAUUAUUAUUGUUGUAAUUAUUAUUUAAAUCCUGGAUUGGAGAUGACGAGAAACACUUCGAGAGAGUCUUAACAAUUUUGGAAUAUUUUUUUGUUUUUUGACGAUUGGAUUUAAAUCUUCAUAAAUAACGCUCCAUAAUUGACGGAGGAUUUAUUGAGAAGAUGUAUACGGACGGUCUACUAACUCUCCAUUAUGGGAAACAUCCCGCAACCUUGGCUGCAGAGGUCGGGGCAUGGUACAGUGGGGAUCGUCAUGUCGACGUGACCCUGGCCUGCGACGACGGCUCCGUCGUCAGGGCUCAUAGGGUCGUAUUGGCCGCAGCUAGUCCCUUUUUGGCUAGUCUUCUUCGCAACCCGGCGCUGGACCACGUUGUCCAUCUGUCUGGUGUCAGGAGAACACAGCUUACUCACCUACUUGAGUUUCUUUACAAUGGAGAAGCUCUCAUACCCUCGUCAGAAUUAACGCCUCUGAGAGAAUUAUUUGAACUCUUACAAAUAAAAUCAGAAUCAUUUGAUCCAAACCAACCACAAACGUCAACAGAUUCUGAUUCAUUAAGGAUACCAACACCACAACCUUCUGAAAGUCAAGAGAGUUCUAGUUAUGAGUCUCAGUAUGACAGCAGGUCGCAAUCGAAUAAUCCAGCGGACUGCUGUUCCGUGCUAAUAAAAAGUGAAGGCUGUGAUGAUGAUCCAGAGCAGGAUGUCGAUGUUGAGGGCGUUGAAGGUGACGCAAUAUUGACAGACAAUGGUGAGAGCAGUAUCGAGCCACCAAGAAGGAGGGAUAGCUCGGAUCCAGUAAACCUUAGUCUAAAUUCCGGUACCUCGACUAAAAGUGAUGGGUCCCAUGAACUUUCCCACUUGCGGUCGGACAAGAUGCUGCUAGAGAGGAGAGAGUCGCUAGAAGAGGCGGAAGAAAGACGAAGACAAUUAGCAGCGCGACUAUCUCUCGGAUUAGAGCCGGGAAAAAGAAAACCCGAGGAGAUACCUCUGCCGCCAGCGGAGGCGUAUGUCGUAACACCUCAUCGCAAACGUAGACCGGGAUUCCAUAAUGCACCUGCACAAAACCCGGCAUUCGUGCCGUUCAAUCCGGGAUUUGAGACACCGAGGAGACUCGCUGCCCCACAUCCACUCAGUGUUUCCGCUCCACCCUACCUGGACAGGUCAGUAACGCCUCCAGGAGCGUCUCACAGGCCGCCCAGCGCAGACCCAGCGUCGGCGGCGGGCCUGGAGCCACCAUGGGGUGCUUGGACUCUUCCUCCAGCGCGAGCCCCGCCACCUCCCUCGGCCGAGGACCCGCCGAAAUGCACGCCAGUUCGCGAGUACCGAUGUACCUACUGCGGCAAGCAGUUCGGAAUGUCCUGGAACUUAAAGACUCACCUGAGAGUUCACACCGGCGAGAAACCAUUCGCCUGUCGCCUCUGUGUCGCCAUGUUCAAGCAAAAAGCUCACCUCCUGAAGCACCUUUGCUCUGUACACAGAGGCGUUAUAGCUGCCCCGGAUAAUACCUUCACCUGUUGCUUCUGCUCCCUCAGCUUCGACAGCCUCCAAGAACUCAUACGACAUCUCUCCGGACCGCACAACAAUCUUCUUCUCAGUAAAAACCUUCACGACUAACGACAGUACUAAAGAUCUACCGGUACUUUUAAUUAAUAAUUAUUUUUCGGUACGAAAAAAAAAAGAAAAUUAACCCUCGUAAUUCCUACGUAUUAAAC